AUGGUCACAUCGCCAGCUGUUCCCGAAAUCUACGAGGACGAGCUACACUCCGCAAUCGAAGCGCGCUCAGAAUCUCUGCAGACCCUACGAGAGCUGGGCCCGCCAGAUCUGGUCCACCUGAUAAAGCAGCCCAUCAAGAAUGCGACAAAACAGAUUGGCGUCUACCACCACGUCUCCGGCGUAGACGCUUCCUCGUCUGCCAGCUUGGCAGCCUACAUCAACACCCUCACAUACUCUGCGCACGAUAAGCAAAACAAGGUCGUCUCUGGGCUGUAUUGGUAG